UCUGCCUGUCUUCUUGCUCAAAGAAACGCUUCUCUCUGCAUGAAGCGAAGCCGUGCUUGCUCUCAUCACAUGGACGCAUGUAUUCUCUAAGUUGACCAGAGCAGGCGUUAAAAUUUGUAGGCCCCAAUGGAACUAGAAACUGCCAUUUUUUCUCAGAGCCUCCUCGUGACUGUCAUCCUCUGCUCCUCCAUUUAUCCCCUUUCUUCCACCUCCUUUAGACUCACAUCUUUGCUACUUUCUAUCACUCUCUUUAGCUCACUCUAACCUGCAACAGCCCAUGAAGAAACCAGGCUUUCAUGUGUUCUUCGGCGUCCUUUCUCUUCUGCUUCUCUUUCAUUUCUCAGCGUCUGCUCUCCUGAUUCUACCCAAUCAAGAUGAAAAGGAAGUGAAGACCAUUGAUGUCGCUCAUGCUCGCUCAUCCACUGAGCUUCGAUAUGUCGUUGAAGUACCGGAAUCAGAUGAGUGCGACGACGAUGAAGAAUGCAGUGAGAGGAGGAUGAUUGCCGAGGCCCACUUGGAUUACAUUUACACACAGCACCACAAGCCGGCCUAUAAACAUAAACCUUAAUACAAAUUCCCGGCUUCUAUUAACUAGAGACGAGUCCCACUAGGGCUACGAAAUAUCUUCCUCCCGUUCGGCCAUAUUUUAUGAGGAUGAAAUGUGAAAGCUGUAUCCAUGAUCUGUCUAUUUCCAAUCUUAUAAUUUGUCAUAAAACUAAAUGAGAGCGGUUAUGCUAA